GUUUUUGAUAUCCUUCAUCGUGAUUCCAUGGGGAAUGUAUUCUUCAUCUUCCUUAAGGAAAUCCUCUUCUGCAAGAGGUAUCGUUUCCUCUUUUCAUCCAUGACUUCGAUGAUUUCGUAGUUUAAUAGCCUUUUGUAGUAAACUUCUUAUGUCGCUUUGAAGUCCUCUUGAAGAUUUUUGUAUUUGAGAUGGCUCCUUGUUAGUUAGUCUUCUUUUCAUAAUUAGGGACUCAAAGUUAUGAGUUCCUCUUUGCUUCUUCAUAUCAAUAGGUAACGAAGAAGCCUUACACAGUCUAUUCUUUGCAGGCUUCAUUUCAAAAGGAGACUCAGCAAUUUUGCUCUCCAGAUGAAGAGAAUUAAUUAUUUUCAGCUUGUUAACCUGCUCAUCUAGUAUUUCAUCAGAUAAAUUCUCGUCAAAUUCAAGUUGGGUGUUCAUUUAA